AUGGCCGCAAACUACGUUCGAGAUGGACGGAAGUGUAAUGGAAGGGGGGGACAGAUUUUAAGGGUGUCUGCGGCGCUGAGUUGCAUCCAAGGGGCGUCAAUCAAAAUAAAUAAAAUCCGAGCCGGCAGAAGCACACCGGGUCUGAGGCCUCAGCAUCUGUCAGGUCUGGAGCUGCUGAGGGACAUGUGCAACGGCAAUCUGGAGGGAGCCACAGUGGGAUCCUCUGAAAUUACACUCACUCCGGGGAAAAUCAAGGGCGGGAAUCACAUCGCUGACACCCACACGGCUGGAAGUGUGACUCUGCUGAUGCAGGUUUCGCUGCCAUGUGCCCUGUUCGCUCAGGGGCCAUCAGAGCUGUGCCUAAAGGGAGGAACUAAUGCUGAAAUGGCACCUCAGAUCGACUACACAGUGAAGGUCUUUAAACCAAUCGUGGAGCGAUUCGGAGUUCAGUUUGACUGCGAUUUAAGAAUGAGAGGUUAUUAUCCGAAGGGAGGUGGUGAAGUGGUGCUCAAGGUCAACCCGGCGAAGGAACUCAGUCCCAUUAAUAUGACAGAAAGAGGGAACAUCACUAAGAUCUACGGCAGGGCCUUUGUGGCUGGAGUACUGCCAUUCAAGCUGGCAAAGGACAUGUCGACGGCAGCCGUUCGCACUAUCAGGAAAGAAAUUAAGGACUUGUACAUCAACAUCCAGUCUCUGCAAGAGAAGGACAAGGCCUGUGGCAAUGGCAAUGGGAUCAUAAUAAUUGCAGAAUCAUCCACCGGCUGCAUUGCAGGCUCAUCUCUUGGCAAAAAAGGUGUCUAUGCUGAUAAAGUUGGCAUCGAGGCUGCAGAAAUGUUGCUGAGGAACAUCAGACAUAAUGGUUGUGUGGACGAGUUCCUGCAAGACCAGCUUAUUAUUUUCAUGGCCUUGGCAAACGGUACAUCCAGAAUGCGAACAGGACCGAUCACUCUUCACACGCAAACGGCAAUCCAUGUCGCCGAGCAACUGACGAACGCAAAGUUUGCUAUUAGCAAAGCGGAGGACGAAAACGCCAACGACACCUACAUUAUUGAGUGCCAGGGAGUCGGCGCCACCAAUCCUAGCUUGUAAACGCACAGAUCGCUCAUCAAAAAGGAGGACUUGUAGCACAGACACACUACUACUGUAACUGACUGGAUGACGCAACGAUAUCUUUACGUUCUUCGCGAUUGAUGAUUAGUUUUGCUCUGACCACCAAGUCAGUCCCUAUUUGUCACGUCCCCCUUUUGUUGAUACUCAGGGUUUUGUCUUACACUGUAACGAAACAUCACCUUGGAAUAGUUUUCACGCAAUGUUCGCCAGUCCGAUUUGCUUUUUCGCACGCUAACAUGAGCCUUAAACUUUCAUUCAACACUUCAGAUUCUGCCGUUAACUAUAACAAUAGCAUAAGCAAUUUGCAUGGACGUAGUAAAAUACAUGCAUGUCACUGGUAAAUUAAGUGCACUGUGUGUACAAGGAGGGGAAAAAAAAGAUUCCCAUCAAAUUUAUGGUUCCAUGUAGCUACUUUUUGUUUUUUGUAUUUGUUAUUUAAGUCAUUGCAUUGGUAAUUUCCCAGAUUUCAUUGCCAUCUCUUUCUGUGCAUUGAAUUUCUUAGACGUGCACAGUUGGGAUGUUUGUCAUUUUGAUUAAUUUGUGGUAAUUAUUUUUACUUGUUAUUUAUAAGAUGGAACUGCAGACAUUUCAGUUUUUUUCUGCGCAAUUGUUUCUGUGCCUUUUUCUUUGGUUUUGCUACUCUAGGUGACCAUGUUCUUUUGGUAUUUACAUUAUUAAAAAAACUUUGGAGGAGAAAAAUGAAAUAAAAACAGUGAUAGACCACA